AUGCCUGCUUCUACAUUCAAGAACAAUGUCAGCAUCACUCACAUUGGAACUGCCACCGCUGUUCUCAAUAUUGAUGGCAUUAGCUUCCUCACCGAUCCAUUUUUCUCUCCGGCUGGCUCUGAAUGGGAUUCUGUACCUGGUGCACCCAAAAUCAAGGUCCAUAAGGACCCCGCUCUGAAGAUGGAUCAACUUCCUCCAAUUGACGCAGUUCUACUCAGUCAUGAAAACCACCCUGACAACCUCGACGAACUUGGACGUCAACUUCUAGAUGGCCGUCACGUUUGUACAACGAAAGAUGGUGCAAAGAAUCUCGCGCCUCGUCCUGGUGUUCUUGGAUUCGACGAUUGGGAGGAGAAGGAUGUAGUCAUUGCUGGAACCACUUUCCAUAUUACAGCUACUCCUUGCAAGCACUGGCCUGGCCAUGAGUGCGUCGGAUUCGUUGUACACACCGAAAGCUUUGGCGUUGCUUUUGACGGUCGACUUAAUGCAAUUUAUUUCUCCGGAGACACCGUCUACAUUGAGGAACUUGCCAAGAUAGCUGAUAAAUAUCAUAUCGCUAUCGCUCUCUUGAACUGCGGUCAAGCAACCAUCGAGAACUUUGACGCGGAGGGCCAACCAAGCCAGACUGGUGAAUCUCUUCAGAUUACCAUGGGUGGUCACCAAGCUGCUCACCUCUUUCGGGAUAUCAAAGCAGAUGUUUUGGUGCCUAUGCACUACGAGUCAUGGGAUCAUUUCAAGCAACAAGAGGAUGGGCUUUCAGCAGAGUUCGGUGAGGAGGGGAUUUUGUCGCGAGUUCGUUGGCUUCAGCCCGGAAAAGCAGUGCCAAUUGCCUCUGGUAUAUAA